UUUUUCAAUAGUGCCCUCAAUUUCAACAUGAAGAACGUCACUGAAGUUACUCUGUUCAUAUUGAAAGGCUUCACAGACAAUGCUCAGCUGAAGGUUAUCUUCUUCUUCCUGUUUCUGCUCAUUUACCUUUUCACGCUUGUGGGGAAUUUAGGGCUGAUUAUAUUAGUCAUUGGUGAUUCCCGACUCCAUACCCCUAUGUACUAUUUCCUGAGCGUCUUAUCUUCCAUAGAUGCCUUCUACUCUUCCCUCAUCACCCCAAAUAUGUUAGCAGAUUUCAUGUCAAAGAAGAAAGUCAUUUCUCUGUCUGGCUGCGCGGCACAGCUGUUUCUUGCUGUGACGUGUGGGACCACAGAAUGUUUUCUGUUGGCCGCCAUGGCUUAUGAUCGCUACGUAGCCAUCUACAACCCUCUUCUCUACACAGCAAGCAUGUCCCCCAGAGUCUACGUGCCCCUCAUCGUUGCUUCCUUUGUCGCUGGGUUUAUCCAUGCCACAAUACACACAGUGGCCACUUUUAACCUGUCUUUCUGUGGCUCCAAUGAAAUCAGGCAUGUCUUCUGUGAUAUCCCAGCUCUCCUGGCAAUUUCUUGUUCUGACACUCACAUUAACCAGCUUCUCCUCUUCUACUGCGCGGGGUCUAUUGAGCUUGUCACCAUCCUGAUUGUCCUGGUCUCCUAUGGCUUCAUUCUGGCUGCGAUCCUGAAGAUUCGUUCUGCAGAAGGGAAGCGAAAGGUCUUCUCUACCUGCGGCUCUCACCUGACUGUAGUGUCUGUUUUCCACGGCACAGCUGUGUUCACCUAUGUCAGACCGAGUUCUGACUACGCCAUGGAGCACGACAUGGUGGUGUCGAUGUUCUACACCAUUGUGAUCUCCAUGCUGAACCCUGUCAUCUAUAGCCUGAGGAACAGGGAUGUAAAGGCAGCCAUGCAAAGAGUGCUCGGGAAAAACCAGUUCAUGAAGAAGAUGUGCUUCUCCUAUUAA